AUGGCGCCCCACGCACACAACGACGUCUCCAACGGCACCCCGGCCGGGCCGGCGCGCUACCAUGCCGUCUCGACCAAGGCCGCCAUCGGCGCCGAGAACGAGUACGCCGCCCACAACUACCACCCCCUGCCCGUCGUCUUCGCGAGAGCCCAGGGCGUCAGCGUUUGGGAUCCCGAGGGCAAGCACUAUCUCGAUUUUCUCUCUGCAUACAGUGCUGUCAAUCAGGGCCACUGCCACCCAGAGCUGAUCAGGGCCCUUACCGAGCAGGCUUCCCGUCUGACCCUCAGCUCGCGCGCCUUCCACAACGACGUCUUCCCCGUCUGGGCUGAGAAGCUACGCCACACCUUCGGCUACGACAUGGUGCUGCCCAUGAACACGGGCGCCGAGGCUGUCGAGACCGCCAUCAAGAUCGCGCGGAAGUGGGCCUACAAGGUCAAGAAGGUGCCCCAGGGCAGGGCCCUCGUCUUCAGCGCCGCAGACAACUUCCAUGGCCGGACGAUGACGGCCAUCUCGCUGUCUGUCGACCCCGAGUCGCGCGACAACUACGGCCCCUUCGUCCCCAACCUGGGCGCAUUCGUCCCGUCCACCGGCAAGCCCAUCCGGUAUAACAACGUGGCCGACCUCGAGGCCGCCCUCGACGCGCACGGCCACGAGACGGCUGCCUUCAUCGUCGAGCCCAUACAGGGCGAGGCCGGCGUCGUGGUGCCCGACGACGACUACCUCCAGAAGGUGGCCGAGCUGUGCAAGAAGCACAACGUGCUCCUGAUUUGCGACGAGAUCCAGACGGGCAUCGCCCGCACCGGCCGCAUGCUCUGUUGCGAGUGGGCCGGCAUCAAGCCCGACAUGGUCACGCUCGGCAAGGCCAUCUCGGGCGGCAUGUACCCCGUGAGCUGCGUGCUGGCCAGCAAGGACAUCAUGCUGGUCGUCGAGCCCGGCACCCACGGCUCCACAUACGGUGGCAACCCGCUGGGCUGCGCCGUGUCGAUUCGCGCGCUCGAGCUCGUCGAGGAGGAGAAGCUGAUCGAGAAGGCCGAGCGCCUGGGCCGCAUCUUUCGCGAGGGCAUCGAAGCCUUCAAGUCUCCAAUCGUGCAAAUCGUCCGCGGCAAGGGACUCUUGAACGCCGUCGUCAUCGAUGAGUCAACCACGGCAGGCAGAACCGCCUGGGAUCUGUGCAUAUUGCUCAAGGAGAAGGGCCUACUGGCAAAACCGACGCACGGGAACAUCAUCCGGUUCGCACCCCCGCUCGUUAUCACCGAGGAGCAACUCCGGACCUCUCUCGACCUCAUUGGCGGAGCCUUGAAGGAGCUGCUCACGACGAAGAAGGCGGAAGCGCACUAG